UUUUAUUAUUUUAAAUUUAGAAAGACUUUGAGUGAUAAGAUUGAUUUGUAUUAUUCUUUAAUAGUUUAAAUGUAGAUUUAUUUUAUUACAUUAAGUAAGGGUUUUUGAGGUUGAUUUGAUCGCUGCCGCUGACUUGUUGGAGAGUGGAGUUGAUGAAGGGCUUCUCUUGCCUUUUCACCUCACCUUUUUAUUAUUAAUAUUUAAUUUGUUUCUUUUUCUAUUGCUGCAUUGCUUCAUGCCAACUUCACAAGUAAGAUGUUGAAUCCCUCCUUGCCGGUGGCUUCAAGAACCCGAAGUAGGAUGGAAGCCUACUGGUCCGAGGUCUGUCCUCCAAGCAAGCGGAGGAACACCAGGAAGAAGGUGGUGGUGCAGGACCCCAGCCCCAUACCUACUAAGAAUCACUCCGGUGAAACCCAAUUCUUGUACGAAGCACCUAACAUUGACAUACACCGCUGUGAACAAGAUUCCAGACACCCUGCUAAUAUUUCCAAUCUUGAUUAUAAUGAAGAAGAAGAUGAUGAUGAUGACGAAGACGAAGACAAUGAUGAUCCAAUGGAGGGUUCUCAUGAGGCUCUCCCCUCUCCAAGCGAAGAAGACAAUUAUGAAUCCGAGGAUUUGGAUUACUGUGGGGAAGAAGAGGAGAAGGACGUCGUUUAUAUCAACGAUUAUACAUCUUCCGGUACCGAGUCUAAUCCUAAGUCUAAGGGUAAAAAAGUGGGGGCGGCCUUGACCUCCUCCAGGAAACUCCACCUUCUUACGGUAGAGGCGGAUGCUAUUUUGGAGAAUGUAGACUCGGAUUCAAAUAAGGUCCUCGAAGUUGAAUCUGAGAACAACUCUUUGCCUAUCAAGUUCGGUUCUUGGGUUGAGAACACAGUUACUCCUAACAAUGCAGAUAUUGUUGAUGAUGAAAUGGAGUCACUGUGGACUGAGAUGCAGUUUUGUCUUGCGUCUGAUGGGAUUGCUUCAAAGCCUUCCUUGGUGGAAAUUGAGGAUGCCGCUAAUGUUUCUGAGGUUAAACAGGACAGAGCAGUCCUAUGUCGUCAAGGGGAUCAUUAUCUUGUGCUAGAUGAAGAAAUUGGAAUAAAAUGCAAAUUUUGCUCCUUUCUGCAACUGGAAAUCAAAUACGUUGCUUCACCUUUUAUGAAACAUCCUUAUGGAAAAUUUGGGAGGCAAUACUCUGGCAUUGUGGACUCCUCUAUGUUUGAUGGUCUUCAAGAUGUAGACCCUAACAUUGAUAUGCCUGGUUGUGAUUCCUCUGCCAAUGUCGAAGGAACAGUAUGGGAAAUCAUUCCAAACAUAAAGGAAAAACUUUACCCCCAUCAGCGUGAAGGUUUUGAAUUCAUUUGGAAUAAUAUAGCAGGGGGAAUAUAUCGUGAUAAGUCUAAAAACUCGUCCAGUGAAGGUGGAGGAUGCAUUAUAUCACAUGCUCCAGGGACAGGGAAGAGUCUACUGACUAUUGUCUUUCUUCAGACAUACUUAAAAGAGAAUCCAAGUUGCAGGCCGGUGAUUGUUGCUCCAUGUAGUAUGUUACUGACAUGGGAAGCAGAGUUCAGUAAGUGGAAGGUUGAUAUUCCCUUUCACAAUAUGAACAGUCCGGAUUUUUGUGGAAUGGGAAAAACAAAUGGAGUUGCUCUUUAUGAGAAACUUAAAGUUGGUGUCCCGGAUGCAGAUAGACUUGUUAGGCCUUUGGUGAAACUGCUUUCCUGGAAAUACGAUGGAGGCAUUUUGGUGAUCAGUUACAACCUUUUCACUCAACUUGCUGGAAAAGAGACAAAGAGGAAACAAAAAUGUAAAAAUCUACAUAAGCAAAUCAGCAAAAUCCUUCUCGACCUUCCCGGCCUUCUAAUCCUUGAUGAAGGACACAUACCAAGAAAUGCUGCUACUCUUUUGUGGAAGGCUUUGUCUGGAAUUAAAACCAAUCGCCGUAUCAUUCUUUCCGGAACUCCUUUCCAGAAUAAUUUUGAUGAGCUCUUCAACACACUCUGCUUAGUGAGACCCACAUUUGCUGAAGGAAUCCGGUAUUCUACUCGAUACAAGCAUAAUAGUAGGCUUGGGUGCAAAGGAAACGAAGCAAAGCGAAACUUUACCUCUUGGAUUGGUUCCAUUAGAAAUGAAAUCGGGGGACUGAGGGAGGUUAGAGCUGUGAUUAAGCCUUUUGUUCACGUGUAUAAAGGCACAAUUCUACAGACUGCACUUCCCGGUUUGAGGCACACUCUAGUUGUAUUACGGCCCACUGAACUGCAGAAGAAAAUCCUGGAGCGCGUUGAAGAAAUCCUGAAGCAUGUACAAGAAAUCCUGGAGUGUGUUAAGGAAGCAAAGAAUCUGUUCAAGAGAAAAAGAGAGAAAGAAAAAAAGAAUGCACUUGAUUUUGAUCGUUAUGUGUCCAUGAUCUCAAUCCACCCCUCAUUGUUGAAGCAGCUGUUGAAGCAGCUUCCAGACCUGAAGGAUAUUAAUGAAGUUGUAAGCUCCAUUGUUAGCACGGAAGAGAUAGAAAGGAUAAGACUGAAACCUGAGGAAGGAGUGAAAACAAGAUUCCUCAUGAAUCUGCUUAAGCUUAGUGAAGCUCUGGAGGAAAGGGUUAUAGUUUUUAGUCAAUAUCUUGGACCUUUACGGUUAAUAAUGGAGCAGCUUGAGUAUUAUUUUAAAUGGAAGGAAGGGGAGGAGAUAUUGUUCAUGCACGGGAAAUGUGAUAUAAAACAGCGUCAGUGCUCCAUUAAUGUGUUUAAUGAUCCAGAAAGCAAAGCAAGGGUGUUGCUUGCAUCAAUAAAGGCUUGCUCUGAGGGUAUAAAUCUUAUCGGAGGUUCAAGGGUGGUGUUGCUUGAUAUGACGUGGAACCCAUCCGUGGAAAGACAAGCUAUAUGCCGCGCAUAUAGGCUAGGCCAGAAAAAGGUUGUAUACGUUUACCGACUUAUCUCAUCCGUGAUUGAGGGGCACAAAUUUAAUCGACAAGCUGGCAAGGAUCGGGUAUCUGAGUUAUUGUUCUCUUCUGAUGAGCAUCAGGAGCAAGUCUGUGAUAUUGUGGAGGAUAAAGUUUUGGAAGAGAUGCUGCAGCAUGGAACAAUCAAGUCAAUGUUUGAAAAGAUCAUUAAUGAGCCCAAAGAUUGUGAGUUCAUUGAAGCUUUUGAGGAUCAAGAAAAGAUUAUGGAAAGGGGAAAAGAUUGAUGAAUGUGGUGAGGGUGGUGUUAUGGAGAGCUUCCCCAACAUUUUCCUUUCCUUCCCUGUACAGCAAACACAAAACAUGUUUUGUUUAGCCUUUUUUGUGCACCAAUGUUUAUACGUUUCCUUCCCCACACUUUACCAUUUAUUGCUACAUUCCCUAGUAUAUAUCAAAACCAUUGUGUGGGAGAAAUUUUGCUUCUUUUUCUCUAAUUAUAUUUAAUAAAAUGGAGUUUUUAAAAAAAUUAAAA